UCUCUCUUCUAUCCAAAAAAAAUUCCUUUAUUUAAAAAAAAAAAAUUAUAUUUUGGAAUUUUCUUAACUUUCUCAUUUCUCGAUGCAGCCGUAUUAGCUGUAAGAUCUUUAUCUCUCUUUGAAUUAUCCACUCUCUCACUAGCCCCCUUCUCUCUGUCUCUCUCUAGGGUUUUUGUGAGGAGCGACUGGAUCUGCGAUGAAGGGUUAGGUUUUCAACGAAUGUGUGUGUUUAGAAGAUCUGAGGUUGUACGGGAUUCAGAAAGGAAAGUAUUGAUAAAAAAGGAAGAGCAGUCAUGGUUCAAUUGGAUUUUGAUAGUUUAAGGGAAAAAGAUUUUGCUGUUGAUCUCGAAAGCGGCAAUAAUGCUGUAACCAGUGAGCAAGGAUUCACUGAUUCUAAAAGGGUUUGGAAUGACUUUGCGAGCUCUGAAGAAUCAAAUAAAAAUGAAGAAGUUGUGAGCUCAGGAAAUGCUUACUCUAAGUCUGUUGAGACCCCUCUUGAGAAUGGAGAAUGGGCGAGUCCUUUGUUGGAGAAGCCAAAGAAGAAGAACUGUAAGAAGCCUCCUAAGCCUCCUCGGCCUCCACGAGCUCCAUCAAUGGAUGCUGCUGAUCAGAAGUUUCUGAUGGAGAUGUCUGAGGCUGCAAAGUUGAAACGUGCAAGGAUUGAACGAAUGAAAGCUUUGAAGAGGAUGAAGAAUGCCAAGUCCGGAUCUUCUGGUAGUAACCUUUUUGGCUUGAUUAUUACCGUAAUCUUCUGCUUUGUGAUAAUCUGGCAAGGACUUUUUUCAGGAGGAGGAUCAAGGGUGAAAUUUCACGGUUCUCCAGAAUCAUCUGCGGGAGCCAGGGGUGGAUUUAUUUCUGUUCAGUUUUACAGGAAUAUGUCUGUAGAUCGUGAUUCUAACUCUGCAUCCUCUAGCUCUGCAUCUCCCAAGUAGACCCCUGAGUGAAAAUUAUUGGCCCUUUUACCCUUGGCCAACGGGAGGUCCGUCCACAUGGGCGAUAGUGCUGGGGGUUAUCCGCAAUUAACCCUAUAAUAUAUGAUUAAUGAUUCUUUUAUCACUUUAUGUUCUCUUCUCGGCAUCAUUUAAUGCCUUUGCAUUAGAGCACAUUUAGAUUGUCAUGUUGGUAACCUGUCUUGAAAAUGUUUACUA